AGUACUAAUUGAUAUCAGCUGCUUUAGUCCUAAUUGCUGGCCUAUAAAGGCUUCUCAUUACCCAAGAGGCACACAGGAAAGACUUCAUGAUGGGUAAAAGCAAAGAACUCUCUCAAGAUCUUCGUAAUCGUAUCAUUGAAAUGCAUAACGUGAAUGGUUAUAGGCGCAUUUCCAGAAUGCUGAAUGUUCCUGUGAGCACUGUGGGGGCCAUUAUCCGGAAAUGGAAAGAGCAUCAGUUCACCAUAAACCGGCCACGAUCAGGUGCUCCACGUAAGAUCCCUGUCCGAGGAGUCCAAAGAAUAAUCAGGAGAGUUCGCCAAGAGCCAAGAACCACUCGGGCAGAACUUCAGGAAGACCUUGCAUUAGCAGGUACUGUUGUUUCAAAGAAAACUAUAAGCAAUGCACUGAGCCGUCAUGGCAUCCAUGCACACUCACCACGCAAGACUCCAUUGCGGAACAAAAAGCAGGUUGAGACUCGGUUAAAGUUUGCGAAAGAGCAUUUGGAGAAGCCUGUGGAUCAUUGGGAGACUAUAGUAUGGUCAGAUGAAAGCAAAAUUGAACUUUUUGACAGUCGUUCUACACACCAUGUUUGGAAAAGAAAUGGCACUGCCCAAGCAGAAGGCAGCAGACCAGACUGUCAUGGUCGCUCACAGUUUUGCAAAAACGUGCAGACGGAAACUUGUACAGAUUCGAACGUAGGGACAUCGGACCCUCUGGAGGACGCUGUGGAAGAUCAGAACGAGGCAUUACUGCGGAUUGUAAAAGUGGAAGAAUCCGAAGAUGAAGGUUACUUUGGUCAAGGAACAUCAGCUUUGGGUCACGACAUCCCAGUGGAACAGCAACAUAUCAAAGACGAUCAUGAGAAUGAUGAUGAAUAUCUCGAAAUGAAAGAUGGCCUGGAGCAAGUCUUCUCCUGUUCAUUGUGUCAUCUUUUGUACACUUCCCAAAUUUAUCUCCAGAAACACAUCAGAAGAAGCCACUGUAUUGAGGAUAUGAUGCCUACUAGGAGUAGCCCCCAAACCCUUUCUGGAAUUCUCCCCAUCACCCCUGGACAAGAACAGGAAGAUGUCAAUCGCAGCAAGAGUUUUACUCAUUCUAGCAGUAACCAAACACACCAGUGCAGAAGACCGGAAUAAUGUGUCAUGAUGUGGGG